AUGGUCUGUCUACGAGGUGGCUGCAUUGGGGAAGCGUCUAAGCCAUAUGGUGUUUCACUGAGUUCUAAAACCCUUAAAGAGAACAAAAGAAAAGAAAAAGGAGAUGAGACCCUGAAAACUCGCAACGUGAAAACAAAUCGGCUGGACAGUAAGGAGUACAGCGACCUGAUAGUGCUGGGUUUGCCUUGGAACAGCACAGAAGAUCUUGCUUCUCAGUCAACAUGGCACAGAUUUUCAUCAGUCCCAAUGCGACACACGUGGCGUUGUCACUGGUCUAGAAUACUGGGAGCUACUACUCCCCAACCUCGCCCUAAGUGCUGCGGUUGUGGUACUAAAAGGCCAUCGUACAGGCUACGACAGGGCAGUUUUCCAGAAAUAAUGCUAGAGCGCAGAAACCAUCAAUCCUCGCCUAAAUGUGCAAAUGUGCAACACUAUAUGUCGCUAGCAACGAGCCCCUGUAGCCACUUUCAUUGAUGACCGGACAUCCUAGCAGUCUUCG